AUGGCGGAGACUGGCGGCGACGAAGCGGCGAGCGUGAAGAAUUAUUUCGACACCACCGGGUUCGAACGGUGGAAUAAGAUUUACGGAGAGACGGAGGACGUGAAUAAGGUGCAGCUCGACAUUCGCGAGGGACAUCAACAAACGGUUGAUAAGGUUUUGGCGUGGGUGAAGAACGACGAUUUGGAGGGCGUGACGGUGUGCGAUGCUGGGUGCGGGACGGGGUCGUUGGCGAUUCCGUUGGCGCUUCAGGGGGCGAACGUGAGCGCGAGUGAUAUCUCUAGCUCGAUGGUCGGCGAAGCGGAGCGCCGAUACAAGGAAUUGGUGGCGAACGGCGCCAAGGCGCCGGCGACCGAGCCCAAGUUUGACGCCAUGGGCCUCGAAGAAGCCACGGGCAAGUACGACAUGGUGACGUGCAUCGAUGUCAUGAUUCACUACCCGAAGGACCGCGUCGACGGUAUGAUCAACCACUUGGCGAGCUUGAGCAGCAAGAAGCUCAUCAUCUCCUUCGCGCCGAAGACGUUGGCGUACCUCAUCUUGAAGCGCGUCGGCGAGUUGUUCCCGGGACCGUCCAAGGCGACCCGCGCGUACCUCCACGACGAAGCUGAUGUUGAAAUCGCGCUCAAGGCUGCCGGUUUCAAGGUGAAGCGCCGCGAAAUGACCGCGACGUCCUUCUACUUCUCCCGCCUUCUCGAAUGCGAGCGUGUUUAA